GUAAACCAUUAAUCCCAAGGGACACUGCCAUUGUUGGCUUCCAGCAGGACAGAGUUAAGACAUGUACACCAUAACAACUUGCAUUUAGUGUCUAGGAAAGCGAUGUUUCUUAAGUUUGUUUUUCCUAAACUUAGCGGUAGUUCAACAAGUACAGUAUACGCUGAAAAAGAAUCAAAAGCAAAGCCCAAAAUAAAAUCUAAGUAACCAGACGUAUAUAAAAUGAUCGAAGCGGGACAUACCUGAGAAAAGACCAGACCGCUACAGUCUCCACAUAAGGACAGUACUACCUAAGUUUGUGCCAGAGAGGCCGCAUAAACAUGUAUGAAAAGAAGGGUUAUGACAGUGCCCCUAUGUACAGCCCACCCAGCUACUUCAGUCCACCUACAAGUUACAGGCCAUCUGGGGAAGGGUAUGAUUAUGGGGUUUAUUCUCCUCAAUCUCAUCAGCCAGGUUCUUAUUACAUUAAAGAUGAACCGCAGCAUUUUUAUAAAUGGACUUCUCCACCAGGCAUCAUCCGAAUUCUUGGUGUCAUCAUUAUUAUACUGUGUGUUGGUAUCUUUGCUUGUGUGGCAUCAACCCUGGCAUGGGACUCGAAUUAUGGCUAUGGAUCUGGGCUUGGAGGUGCAUACUCAGGAGCUGGCUAUUAUGGAUCGCUUGGUAUGGGCAGCUAUCUUGGCGGCUAUGGAGGUUAUGGGUAUUAUGGAACUUACACUAGUCCGCAAGCUGCUAAAGGAUUUAUGAUUGCUAUGGCAGCCAUAUGCUUUAUCUUUUCAUUGGCAUUCUUUGUGAUGAGUGUCUCCAAGUCAGAGAGCUCUCGGUCACGGAAGUUUUAUUUAAUCAUGCUUGUGUUUUGUGCCAUCCUGGCUGUCUUACAGUUGAUAGCCACCAUUGUGUAUAUCAUGGGAGUGAAUCCAUAUGCCCAAGGCAGUGGAACAUACUACCAGGUACAAAUUCAGACACUUUGUAGCCAGUACUAUGCACCAAUGGCAGGGGGAGCCUUUGUCAACCAGUAUCUCUAUCACUACUGUAUUGUGGAACCUCAAGAAGCCAUUGCUAUGGUAUGUGGUUUCCUGGUCUCACUGGCUUACUGCAUCAUUUGUGUCUUUGCUCAAAAAACACGACACAAGAUUUGGAAGUAUGGGAAGCCCAACAUAUAUUGGAAAAAGCCCUUUGCUGAUGUCAAUGGUGGUCCUGAUGUGGAGGAGUGGGUAAAUAAUGUUGCCAGCAAUCCCGAUGAAGGUGGCACAGUGGUACUCUCAGAAAAGAGCCAGGCUCACACAAUCAAGAGUGCCAGUGAAUACCAAAGCUACCAACACAAAGAAAAUGGCAAUUAUUUUUCAGAGAACUAUAACCAAAACAGUUAUCCGGUUAUUGAAAUGACCUCUGCAGUACAAGCCCUCAACUCCAGCAUCUCUGAUGAAGCCCCAAAGGAAAGCUACAGGAAGCCUGCUGCUCGGAGAGGCAGGAGAAGUCGACGCAACCCUGAGUUUGAAGACUCUCAGUAUGAAACAGAAUACACAACUGGGGCAGACUCCUGUAAUGAAAUGGAUACGGAAGAGUGGGAAAGACAGUAUCCUCCUAUCACCAAUGAUGUAAUCCGUCAAGAAUAUAAAAAGGAGUUUGACAGUGAUCUUAAGCAGUAUAAGAAACUGUGUGCUGAGAUGGAUAGUAUCAGUGAUGAGAUGAACUUGCUCAACAAGCAACUAGACACCCUGCCUGAGGACAGCUUGCAGUAUCAGGGAGUGGCAGAGGAGUACAACAGAUUGAAGGACCUGAAAAGGACCACAGAGUACCAAACUAAAAAGCUUCAGACCAAACAACUGAGGAACAAAUUGUUUCAUAUCAAACGGAUGGUGAAGCUAUAUGACAAGGAAAGGGCGUAACUCUUCAGCAGCUACUUGAAUAAAGACUGCUAAAAAGAGGACUGAGAAGAACAAUGGCAUUCAUUCAUUCACUGCUGUGAAUGUGAUGGGAAGUUUUUCCUAAUGAAGGUGUUUUUUUUUUCCUUCGUAACAGAACAGGAUAUUUGUAAAAAAAAAAAACAAACAAACAACUGUUUAAACAGAAAUGGGAGGAGGGUAUUAAGCCCUUACUUGGAAUUGUUGGAAAUAUGUUGAGAAACUAAUAUAUAAUAUAAUUUUUCCAGUUCAUUACACUGUGUUGUAUGAAAAUGUGACGUUAUAGAUUUAAAAAAAAAGACUGACUGACUUGAAGCAGUAAUGCAAGUCUAGUAAAAUGCAAAUGGAAAAUGUUUUAAUAAUGAGCUGUGAAAACAUACAAGCACUGAUUUGUCAAAGACAUUUCAAUCAUUUGUAGACUGUUGAACCAUAAAGUAUUUCUGUUCAUCAAGAAACAAGUCAUUGUAGCUAUGGAUGUUCGUCCUGUUAAAUCACUGUUGCAGCAGUCCUCACUACUGAAGGUCCAGAUUCUAGCCUGACUUCCAGAGCUCAGCAUCCUUCCCGUCCAGGCUAGGUCAAAAUCUACCUACACCAUUUUAGAUCUUUUCUUGUUGCAGCUUACAGAGUAUGCGCAGUAAUUUUGCAUCUGUAGUCCACUGUGAUUCAGCCUUUGGGGCUCAGUCAUUUUUUUAUUGCUAAUUGUAUAUUGCUACUAAUUACUGUGUAGUCAAUAGGGUCAGGCAACCAGUUAGCAGAUUAGGGCACGUCCACCUCUAGAAGAGAAAGCAGGUGCUUUAAAGGUAGACAAGUACUACACAAAGAUUUCCAUAAUUUGUGUAUGUGGGUGUGUGUGUGUGUG